UUACAAAAUGUGAGGUAUAUUACAAACAUUUCAUUAAAAUAAAAACUAUCAGUAGAAAAAAGAACAAACAAUGCCGCAGAACCGACGCAAAGUGCCCUUUAGCGGUAAGAAAAAGAAAGAUCAACUGCUCCAGAAACGCACGACAAAAGGACCGCCCAAGUAUCUGCGCAGCACUCAGGAAUCUUACGAGGACAGCGAUGCGCCGGAAACAGCGUCAGCGGCACGCAAACUCAUGGAGCAGCCACAUAGUCAUGGUAAGAAUGUCAAUCGGUACAACUUGCAGUUCUAUCAGGAAAGCAAGAAGCAGCUGGAUCUGAUGAAACAGGAGGGCUUCAAGCCACUGCAAGCACUGUCGCCUCAGGAGCGCGAGAUCGAUGAUCGCUUCUUUAAGGACAGUAGUUUUCCCGUGCGACCUGCCUGGAGUCUCGAUAGCAGCAAGGAGCAACUGGAUCGCAAUGAAAACCGCUAUUUUAGGGAAUACGUUGAAGAGCUGCAAAGACAGCAGCGUGCCAGUAACCAGGAACUUUCCCUUUUCGAGCUAAACCUGGAGACUUGGCGGCAACUGUGGCGCGUGCUGGAAUUUUCUGAUAUACUGCUCAUUAUAGUCGAUGUACGCUAUGCUACACUCAUGUUUCCGCCAGCGCUCUAUGAUUAUGUUGUGAAGACAUUGAAGAAGGAUGCCAUUCUCGUCUUCAAUAAAGUCGACCUAGUUCCACCCGAGGUGGUAGUUGCUUGGCGGCAUUAUUUUCACGAACGAUACCCAGAGUUGUCUGUUAUCCUAUUUACCUCAACGCUAGGUCGAAAAGGAGGACAUCGUGGCGCUCGGGGGCAUAGUCGUAGCCUGGAAGGCGUCUAUAAUAUCUAUCGCGCGUGUCAGGCUUACGUUCAAAACGAAGUGGAUCUCUCAGCUUGGGAGCAAAAGAUACGUGAGGAUAUGGAGAGCGAGCAGCUCGACAUACUAGACGCAGAGACUGGCGAGUUGAAGAUCAGCAGCAACAUUGACACUACACCCCACGAGCAUGUGAAGUACCGCAACGGUGUGCUGACUAUUGGCUGCAUUGGGUUCCCAAAUGUGGGAAAAUCUUCACUCAUUAAUGCGAUGAAGGGUCGCAAGGUGGUCAGUGUCAGUCGAACACCUGGCCACACUAAACAUUUCCAAACCAUUUUCCUGACACCACUCGUUCGACUGUGUGACUGUCCCGGUCUAGUCUUUCCCUCGUCCACACCAAAGUGCCUGCAAGUGCUGCUAGGCAGCUUUCCCAUCUCACAGCUGCAGGUUCCGUACCGCUCGCUGAAGUUUCUAGCGGAGCACGUGAACCUGCCACACUUGCUGAAGCUACAUCUGCCCGAGGACUAUGACGAGUGGUCUGCUGUGGCCAUAGCGGACGCCUGGGCGUAUAAACGAGGCUUCCUCACUGCAAAGGCGGCGCGUCCGGAUCGCUAUCGUGCCGCUAAUCACAUAUUGCGCAUGUGCUUGGCAGGACAACAGCUCGUCUUGUGCUUCUAUCCGCCCGGAUUCGACGCACAGCGCAGCAAGUGGUUGGAGCAUCCGGAGGUGGCAGAAGUCCGAAAAUAUCAGGAAAUUGAUGAGCCUAUGGCUGCAGUCAACGAAGCAAAUGAGGAUACCUCUUCAGUUUACUCGGAUACUGGCGACAGCGAGGAUGAUUUGAGCAGCUCCAAUGAUGAAACCAAUGCCGACGACGAUGAAUGCGCUGCAAGCGGUCCAAUAGCUACACCGUCGCGCUCUCGCAACGUUUUUGCUUUGCUGGAGGAUGAUUAGGGCUUUGUCUUCGGCACACAACAUAUUCCAUAUUUAAUUUAAUAAUGCUUACACCUUUUUAUUUUUUUGGUAAAAAUCUACAAGGUAUAAAUAAUAAUGUGUAUUUUUGCUAACAGCCAUUGAUUAAAUCAAGUAAAUAAACACGCAUGCA